ACCUUGACCAACAAGGCGCGCCUGCUGCAAUCUCCUGCAGCGCGCCUCCCUCUUUGGGACCUGCCCACCCUCUGGGCCAAUAGGCUCCGAGCUGCCUGUUUUGGCGUCCGACCCGCCCGUCCAAGGCCACUUGCACUUGCACUUUUGUUAACUCAUUCCAUCCUCUGCUUCGAGAAAACCUCUGAAGCGCCACCAGAUCUCUGCAUCCAAGUAUACUAG